AUGAAUAAGUAUAGACUUAAUUUCAUCGGGAAUACAAGGCUGUCGAGAUCUGAAUUCAAGGGGUUACCGAAACACUUCUUCAACUUUGUGCCGUUUCCGGAACUGAUAAAAAAAUCUGCUGAUCAAACAUCUUUGAUAGAUGUUAUAGGAUAUGUCGUGCAGAAGGAUGAAUUAAAGGAGAAGGACAAAGAAGGAGGAACCCUGAAGCGUAUAGAUGUAGUCCUAGAAGAUUUGGAGUUCAAAUUACAUAUAAAUGUAAUUGAUGAUCACGGAUCUUCCACAUUUGUACUAUUUGAUCAAGUAGCAUCCUUGCUGAUGAACCAAACAGCGGAAGCAUUAAAAGCAUCCAUGCCAAAGGAUGCCCCAUCUUCUGAAUUCCCGCCUCAAUUCGAUGCUUUAAUAGAGAAGGUAUAUCUAUUCAAGGUCGAGGUCACAAAAAAUAAUAUCAAUGAGAGUUAUCAAAGUUAUGCUGUUAAAAGAAUUUUCAAAGAGAAGGAAUUUAUUGACCAAUUCAAAAGGAUUCAUUCAAUUCAGGGAUUUGAUGACAUGUCAAGUACAUCUACUUUUGAAUUGGAAAAGCAUGAUGGUCUAUACCAAGCAACAGAUUUAUGCAAUGGAACUGGGUUAAUUGUGGAUGAACUUGGUGAACGUUUUAUUGGUGCAACAGUUAUCAUGGGAACAAAUGCUAAUGGCAAAGUGCACAUUUCAAGAAUGGACUUGGUUCCUUCUAAUUCCAAAUUUCCAAUUAAAUUCAGAAGAAGACAGUUUCCAAUUGAAAUAGGCUUUGCGAUGAAAAUAAACAAAAGCCAAGGACAACCACUAUCUCAGGUUGGGGUCUUCCUUCUGAGGCCCGUCUUCACUCAUGGUCAAUUAUAUGUUACUCUCUCUAGAGUACGCUCAAGAAAAGGUCUUAAACUUUGUAUACUAGAUGAGGCGGGCAAACAACAGACCAGUACUCUAAAUGUAGUGUUUAAGGAAGUUUUUGAAAAUGGUUGA